AUGCCGUGCAUCAGUGUGCGUCGGAAACUGCCCGGUCUUCAGCGUGCUGUUGGUGAAGUUCGGAGGAAGAGCAGCUUUAGACAAAAGCCUUUGCUGACAGCCGCUCCUGUUCGUGCGCUCAUAGAUGAACAGAUCAGCAUUAAAGGGCGUUUCCUGUCUCAAAAUUAUCCUGUCACAGUGUGCGCACAAAUGCACAGUGAGGAGGGAGAUCUGUGGGAGGCGUUUGCUCAUUAUACAACAAAUGCGAGCAGCAGCAUCAACUUGACCAGCGAUCAUUCAGUUGGAGGUUCUUAUGUAGGCUGUGAGCCGAUGGGACUCUUCUGGGCUUUGGAGCCCGCACUUGGAAGCAGAGAAGGUUUGAGGCUUAGGAAAAGAAACGUGGAGACACCAUACAUAGUGAACAUCUCCUUACUGGAGGGCCACACUUCACCCGGUGAGGGGCAGAGCACUGAGCUGGCAGCUGUAACCGUUGAGCGCUGGUACAUGGCACCAGGAGUGAGGAGAAUAGAGAUUCGUCAAAACAAAAUCAUAGGAACAUUAUUCUUACCCCCUGGCCCGGGCCCUUUUCCUGCUAUGCUGGAUCUGUGGGGAAUGGGUGGAGGACUGUUGGAGUACCGCUCUGCACUUCUUGCCUCCAGGGGAUUUGCGAGUCUUUCUGUUGCUUACAUGGGGCACAAAGACUUACCUGGACCACCAGACAUAAUGAGUGUUGGCGAUUUGUAUUUCAAAUCAGCCUUCCAGCUUCUUCAAGAUCACUGUCAGGUCGAUGCAGACAGAAUUGGGGUCAUUGGCCACUCCUUUGGAGUCUGUCUGACUUUUCGCAUUGCCACUAGGAUUGGUGUUAAAGUAAAGAACAUCACCUGUCCUCUCAUGUACAUAGUGGGUGAAGACGAUCUGUGUGCUGCAAGCACAGAGAAUGCAGAUGUGAUUGAGGAGGCCCUGAGGUCUGCAGGUAAAUCCCAGCUAUUUACCCGUUUGUCAUAUCCCGGCGCCGGUCACCUGAUCGAGCCACCCUACGCACCGUAUGCAAGAGCGUCUCUAUGGAGAGCCAAACCAGAGAAAUUAGUCACUCUGUGGGGAGGUCACCCCACACCCCAUGCUGCUGCUCAAGAAGAUGCCUGGAAGAGGAUCCUAGAGUUUAUGGAAACCCAUCUGAGGCGGUGA